AUGUCUUCGAUUGUUUCUCAAGAUAUGGAUUCUCUCGGCAUGCAAUCUUAUAGCCGCAAGGAGAAAUCUCUAGGCGUUCUAGUCGUCAAUUUCUUGAGAUUGUAUAACCGAGACGAUGCUGAUUUGAUUGGGCUCGAUGAUGCUGCUGGGAAAUUAGGAGUUGAACGUCGGCGAAUAUAUGAUGUGGUCAAUAUACUGGAGAGCAUUGGGGUUGUGGCAAGGAAAGGGAAGAAUCAAUACUCAUGGAAAGGUUUUGGAGAAGUUCCUCGGUGUCUAGAUGAACUCAAGGAAGAAGGAACGAGAGAGGGGUUUGGUAUCUCAAAUAUCAACAACUCAGACAAGGUUUCAAAUGACGAUGAAAGAGAAGAGUCUUUCAAUUUAACACCUGAUGAUCCAGAAAACUCAUCAUCCUCUAAAAUGGACAACAAGAAGGAGAAAUCUCUCUGGCUUCUCUCUCAGAACUUUGUGAAAAUGUUUCUCUGUUCUAAUGAAGAUCUCAUUACACUGGAUAGUGCUGCGAAAGCCUUGCUGAGCGAUUCUCAAGAUCCAAUGAACAUGAGAACUAAAGUUAGACGACUUUAUGACAUUGCAAAUGUGUUUUCCUCGAUGAACUUAAUCGAGAAGACUCAGAUACCAGAGACUAGGAAACCAGCAUAUAAGUGGUUGGGGUCCAAAUCCUUAACCGAAAGAGGGUCAAGCUUAUUUAAUUCCAGUGAACCGAAGAAGCGGGUAUUUGGAACAGAGAUCACUAACUUAAGAACAAAGAGAAACAAAACAGAUUGCUCAUCAAACAGCAAGCAAAUCGAAUUCCAGAAAUUCGACGAGGAAAACACAGAGCAGCAAUCGAAACCAACUGCAAAUAGAUAUGUGUUUGGCCCAUUCUCCCCAACAGGUGCAUCAUCUAAGAAGAACAACAACAAUGGUGGAGGCCGAAGGUUACAAGAUCUCGAGGCCCUUGCUUCUACCUACAAACCACAGUAUUGUAAUCCAGAAUUAACUGGUCUUCUUGGGCAUUACGCGGGGGCAUUGAAGUUGUGGUAUUCAGAGCUUGAUCGGAAAUAA